AUGGAUUUUGGACGACUUACGAAUGGAUGAAAAGUUAAAAUGAUUUUUAAUGAGAUUUAUUAACUUAUUGCUUAAUAAGUGGUGAAGUUGUAGAAAAGAUUGAUAGACAGCUGUGUUAAUUUUUGGGAAUUUGCUCCAAGAAGCUAAGUUCUAACCCGUCAGAAAAGAAGAAAGUUUUUGGUAAUUAAAAAAGCGGCAUCAUGUGUCCAAUAUGGCCGCUUCACCUUGUGCUGCUGUACCUUCUGGCUAUCUGUCCGCUGUGGGUGCUGUGUCAGCAACUACCUCAGAUAUCGGCGGUGUUCAAUCCAGACUCCGCCAUGAUCCACAUGAACUUGUACGAGGAUGUCAACGUCACUGUUAAGGGUGUCGGUCUGCUGGAGAACGACGAAAUACUCGUGACAACAGAGAACGCGGGCAUAUCGUUCGCGGAGAUAAACUCGACGAGCAAACUGACGCAGGAGGACGCAGACAACGGCGAAUGGCACGGGAAGAUACGGAUAUAUGGAGAAUUCUUAGGGAGGACAAACAUAGGCAUCCGUGCGGCACGCAACGGCGAAAUCUCCGCCGCCAACGAGACUGUGUCCGUCAUUGUGACGCGCCCAGAACGCGUCAUUGACACCAUCUUCACUGCCAGCAUUGCCCUCUUUGUGUCCCUUAUCUUCAUAAACUUCGGCUGCGCGAUGCACUGGCCCACAGUUAAAGAGGUGCUGAAGAAGCCCAUAGGACCCGUCAUUGGGAUGGUCGGACAGUUCAUUUUUAUGCCUUUGAUGACGUUCGGUCUCGGCUUCCUGAUCUUCCCCGACAAUGCGGCGCUUCACUUGGGAAUGUUCAUGACGGGAGUGGCUCCCGGCGGUGGUGCCUCCAACAUCUGGACUUUUAUUUUGGGCGGGAACCUGAAUCUGUCGCUCGCUAUGACGUCUAUAUCCACCAUCUUCUCCUUCGGUUUCAUGCCACUCUGGAUCUUCUCUCUCGGGCAAGUGGUAUUCGCGAAUGCCAACAUCGGGGUGCCAUACACCAACGUGAUAACGUUCGUGGUAGGCCUCCUGGUGCCUAUGAGCAUCGGUCUGGCCAUGCAGCGUUUCACACCUAAGAUCGCAGCGUUUAUGGUCAAGAUAUUAAAGGGAUUCUCAAGCACGCUGCUGAUAUUUAUCAUCGUGUUCGCUAUUGUGACGAACCUGUAUAUAUUCCAGCUUUUCACUUGGCAGAUAGUAGUAGCGGGCAUGGGAAUCCCGUGGCUCGGCUAUAUGUUCGGCUACGCGCUCGCGCGGAUCUUCAAGCGGCCGCAUAAGGACGCACUCGCCAUUUCCAUCGAGACCGGCAUCCAAAACACAGGCAUCGCCAUCUUCCUGCUGCGCUAUGCGCUGAGCCAGCCCGAGGCAGACAUCACUACAGUGAUUCCAGUAUCCGCGGCCAUUAUGACGCCGAUCCCAAUGACGGCGAUCCUUAUCUACCAGAAGAUCAAGGGCUGCAUUGUCGCCCGAAGAAAUCGACACAAAAAAAUCGUGGAAGACCCCGUCACACCCGUAUAUGAAGUCGGCCAGCCCGACGGCAUCACAACCAUUGAUGGCAACCUCAAAUAGUGCUGCCUAGAGUCGAUAAACUUGUCGAUAGCCCAGGCGAAACGAUGGUGUAACUUUAAAGUUUUAAACCGCAUCAAAAUUGGUCCAUUCGUUUAGGAGACAUAAUACCGUAGUAAGCCACGUCAAACUUAUAAAACCACUCUAUUGUUUAACUUUAAACCGCAUCAAAAUCGGUCCAUUCGUUUAGGAGAUAGUAUCAUAGUAAGCCACUUCAAACUUAUAGAAUUUAGUUUAAAACUCAGCAUGUUACAUUAUAACAGCCAAGUUGUGUCAUCGUUAAAUAAGAAAAUGAAGAAUAGACUUCAAACUCCAUCGUGGCCCAUUUGACACUGGUAAAAACGCACCUUUGAGACCAUAAAAAAGAAAAUCAAAGUUUUUUUGGCAUUUUACAAUUUUAAAAGCAUUUUAUACACUGCCAGAUUUUUGGACGUCAAUACCUAAAGAACCGUUUGAGGCAUAUUUAUGAAAUUUGAAGCUGAUGUAUAUCUUGCAAGUCUCAACACAUGAGCCAAAUUUGAAGUGUUAAUGCACAGUAGUUUUUGAGUGAUGAGGAGUCAAUAGUGGCUCAAAGUGGUUCGUCUAAAUAUACGCACGGUGCAGUCCCCUCCCUGGAACUAGGCUUAACAUGCUCCCGCAUGUCUAGAAUGAUUGCUCAAUGUUGAUUUAGUCGAUUUUCUCCUGAUAAGAACAUGUAAGACAAAAAUAAAAUUUCCAAUAUUACAGACCUUCUAGAGCAGAUGCCGCGAAAACUAUACAAUUUAUCAAAAAAGUUGACUAUCUCACCUGUAGCAAAUUGAAUAUGCUUUUUUUGGUUCAUAGUAGUCAUGUCACUAGGACGCAUAGUUUCCGAGGAUUAAGCGAAAAACCGAAAAGUGGCACCUUUAAACCCCCCUCUCCCCGCCGGCUCAAGGGCUAAGGACGGGGACUUUUGCUAUGUUCACCUCCUAACUAGUCUAAAUAGUCGUGAAGUCAGAAAUUGUGUUCUACAGUUUUCCAUCUAUAAUGCUUUAUUGACUGGACUAUUUGUGGAGAUAUGGAAUUGUUUUUUCUUUUUAAGAAUCUAUUAAUGAUUCACAAAAGCAUUUAGUAUCAUUAAGAUCGGAAUCUGAUAAAUUUUAAAGUUACAUCAUUGUUUUUAAACACGUUAAUACCUGGGAGUGUUCUCAGCAUUGAUAUUAAUGCAUUCAAAACACAUAAAAGAUCUACUUAUCAUAAAAGGUAGUGGGAACACUAACUUAUUAUAAAAUAUGUAUGUUAUACUCGUAGAUGUGUCUGUAUACCAGUGUCGCAGUCAAUUCUUGUAACAUUUAUUUUUUGAUGGGUGCUCAAAAUUUCUGCAUCAAGAACUACUUAAAUUUUGGAAGGUUUUUUGAGAACUUUUUAAUAUAUUAAUUUAUUGUAGAGGUGGCACAGGCCUUCAUAUGUUUUGGCGCCACUCGCCCCUCUAAAUGACAUUCCUUUUUGUCAUUUUAUUUGAUUUUCACCUAUAAAAUGUACGUCACAUGCAAAACUGAUUUAUAAUUUUUAUUUCAAUGAGUUUAUCUUGCACAAUUAAUAGAGAUGGGCACUUUUAAAUUAAUGAAAUUAAAAUGUAGGAGGAUUUAAAUGUCUUGUCGCUUAUUUUUAUGUUAUUUUUUGCUUAUUAUUUCCAAUUUCGACGUUGUAGACUAAUUUUAACAAAGAUAUUAUUGAAUAUUUGUUAUUAUUUAUUCGAAUUUAUGCUGUUUGACAGCCGAAUUACAUAAAUAUUUGUUACACAACAAAUUCAAUGUACAGUUUUUGUCACAAUGUGAAAUAUUGUUCUGUAUACAUAUUCUAUUGUUGUUAUGUAUGUAUUUAUCUGUUAUAUGAUGUUAAUUAAAAAUGUAGUCUACAACGUGAGAUAUUUGUGAUAUUAGUUAUCGCAAGUUUGCGUUCCGUUGUGUUUGCGAUGAUUGACACAAGCGCCGCCUGUGGCAUAAAUUAUAACUACUUUUAAACGACAUGCAUGUAGCUUAUAACAUUGGAAUAAGAUUCAAAAUAUGUUACCACAGUUUUUGUUGUUUGUCUUAGAAUGAUCAGAGUAUAAUAAAUUGGAAUAUUAUUUUUUACAUAUUUAUCUAUUACAUUAGAACGUUGUGAAUUUUCAAAAGAUACGCUUGUGUCAAUCAUUGCAUCUUCAAUAGAACUUUUAGGUUUGCUUUUUCCAUAGUGAAGGAUCUCAAAAUGUAAAACAGUCGUUCACAUGACUGGUUUUAUAGGUGAAACAGAUGUGAAACAAGGCUGCUGUACGUUUGUGAAGAUCAGUAUUCUGUUGUGAAUUUAUAAAAGAACAAUUUAUGUUAAGGUUUAAUACAAACGUUUUCAAUCA